AUGACUAGAAGUCAGUUUGUUGCUCAGAAGGAAGCUGCGGAGCAAGCACGGUUACUGAAUUGUGACUUUCAAACUACACAGACAAUUGUCUACAUUCGAGACUUCAAUGCGAAGGGCCAUGAAGUCGUUGCAGAAGGCGAUGCUGGUGUAAUGUUUAAAAGCAAAAAGGACCGAAAGAUGUUGAAUGGUGACAAUCACUCUUGCUUCUUAAUGAGAGCUUGUCCCAGUUAUGGUGUGAGGCUAGCAAUUUCUUCUAGGAAAAUGGCAAGUACUAAGGCAAAUGAAGCUCAGGAUAUAAUGAGUGAGAAAAACAUUCUAUCUAGAGAUAUUCCUAUUGGUAAGCAAGUUGCCAUUGCUUUAUGGAGAUUAGCUUCAGGUUUCAAGAGUCUUUGUGGCUUCCCGAAUUGCUAUGAUGCAAUUGACUGCACGCAUUUCAAAGUUGAGCUUCCUGGAAAUGCUUUUACAAGUGAUUAUUACAACAAGGACAAGGAUUACUCAAUUGUCAUGCAAGCAAUCGUGGAUAAUGAAGCAAGGUUCCUGGAAAUUCGAGUUGGAGAUCCUGCGAGUUACAAUGACAUAACCAUUUUGAGGAAGAGUUCAUUCUACAGAAGAGCUCAAUCAGGUGCAAAUGGAACUGAAUUGAGGGAAGCAUUUAACUUUUACUUGUUGUCUUUGAGGAUGGGUUUCGACUGUGACACCCACAUUUCCAGCCUGUGCAGCUUCAUGCCGCUCAAGGCACUGCACGGCGAGCUGCGCAGUCACCUUGCAGCACUCAAGAACGAGCUCAUCGAGCUCAUCAACAAGGAUUACAAAGAUUUCGUGAGCCUCAGCAUGCAGCUUGUGGAUGUGGAUGGUGCUGUGCUCCGGAUGUGCACGCCAUUGCAAGAGCUGCGAGGUAAGCUUGUCACCGUGCGCAAUGGUGUUGAUGGAGUGCUGCUCGUGCUCCAGGACGCGUUCAAGCAGAGAUCCGAGGCCUUUGCAUCGCAGGAGAUUCUCAAGUUGCUGCUCGACACCUCUCAUGUGGUUUCCAAGAUCGAGAAGCUCUUGCUGGAGCUCAAGGAAAAUAGAAUUUCCAAUGGAAAUCUAGUGAGUGGCAGUGAAGGAUCUCUGGAUCCGGUUCUCUACCAUUGUCUACGUGCUUAUGUGGCUAUUGACAACACUGCUGGAGCUGAAGAGGCUUUUCAUAUCAUAAUUGUGGCACCUUUUAUCUCCAGGCUUUUUCCUGGGAAUUCUUCCAAAGACUUGGUGGGUGGAGGAGCUGCAGACAAGCUGGAGGAAGACUAUAAACAGGCUGAGGUGCAUAUUACUCGAGAUUGUAAGUUCAUGUUGGAUAUCGUAGUGUCUGAAAACUCUGGACUUAAUGUGUUUGAUGUUCUUGGAAACUCCAUUCUUAAAGAAGUGCGCUCAGCAAUAGUGGCAGGCAAGCCUGGUGCACUUUCACCUGGGAAACCAGCAGAGUUUUUGGCAAAUUACAAGUCAAGCCUGAAGUUUCUAUCGGUAGUAGAAGCUUGGCUUAUUUUACCCUGCGGUGGUAGGCGGGGUGGUAGAAGGCCUGGACGUUGUCCAGAAGAUCGCAAGUACCAGGGUGGUCAAAGAUAA